UCAGCGGAAAUGUCUAAAGUAAGGAUGUUUAGAGGCCAAUUUAUAAUAAACAAUCCUUUGUUACAGAUCAUUUAUCUGGACCAGAAUGCCACUUGGCUGCUGACAUCUGACAGAAUACGUCGUACCGAGGCAUAAGACUCCUUUUUAUAUUUGAUAAUGGCAUCAAUGAAAUCAUGUGUGUGGACCGCUGUUGGCGUGUUGUGUGUUUUGGGGCAAAUAUUGGGCUUGGACAAUGGUUUGGCAUUGACUCCGCCGAUGGGAUGGCUCGCGUGGGAACGCUUCAGGUGUAACACAGAUUGCAAGAAUGAUCCUGAUAAUUGUAUAAGCGACCGCCUGUUCCGAACGAUGACUGAUAUCCUGGUCUCCGAGGGCUACGCAGCAGCUGGUUACGAAUAUAUUAACGUGGAUGACUGCUGGCCUGAGAGGGAAAGGGACCCUCGUGGUCGAUUGGUACCAGACAGAGAACGUUUCCCGUAUGGCAUGAAGAGUUUGGCCGAUUACGUACACAGCAAAGGACUGAAGUUUGGUAUCUAUGAAGAUUAUGGUAACUUUACUUGUGCCGGAUAUCCGGGUGUCGUCGGCCAUCUUGCUGGAGAUGCGGCAACCUUCGCAGCAUGGGGCGUAGACUACGUUAAGCUGGAUGGAUGCUACGCUCUCCCAGCUGAUAUGGACCACGGAUACCCGGACUUUGGGAGGCAAUUGAACGCAACUGGUAGACAAAUGGUCUACUCGUGCAGUUGGCCAGUCUACCAGAUAUACGCCGGCUUACAGCCAAAUUUCUCAUCGAUAAUCGAGCACUGCAACUUGUGGAGGAACUUCGACGAUAUUCAAGACUCGUGGGCCUCCGUCGAGUCUAUCAUAGACUAUUACGGAAACCAUCAGGACGUGAUCGUGCCGAAUGCAGGUCCCGGACAUUGGAACGACCCGGACAUGCUGAUCAUAGGCAAUUUUGGUCUAUCGUACGAACAGAGUAAGACCCAGUUUGCGAUUUGGGCUAUACUUGCCGCGCCUCUACUGAUGAGUGUUGACCUGAGGACCAUUCGGCCGGAGUACAAGGCGAUCCUGCAGAAUCGAAAGAUCAUCGACGUAGACCAGGACCCACUGGGCAUACAGGGCAGAAGGAUAUACAAGCAUCGAGGCAUCGAAAUUUGGUCCAGACCUAUCUUACCUAUCCAAGGCCAGUACUAUUCAUAUGCCGUGGCGUUUGUCAAUAGACGAACAGAUGGGACACCUUCAGAUGUCGCUGUCACUUUGAGGGAGCUGGGACUUAACAACCCCUCAGGCUACAGAGUUGAGGAUCUUUACGAGGACGUAGAUUACGGAGUGCUUUCACCUCAAACCAAGAUCAAAGUGAAAGUGAACCCCUCAGGUAGAAAGUGUCGCUUUUCUUUAUAUUCAAGGGUGCGGUAUUAAUAUCUAUGUAUGUUUGUUGGGAUGUGGCCUUGUGUCGUAAUACUCCGAGCGGACGCGCAGCCAUCGUUUGCAUACAACGCAAUACCCACAAGAACGCCCUAUUCACCCCUCAAUGACGUAUUUAGACUUUCCAAAUGAUUGUAAAUUCCAGUGUAAAUCGCCAUAAAUCGUAAAAGGACAGACCAAACCAACAUUUUUCUUUCACCAUCGGGACUUUUUCAUCGUCGAAUAAUCAAAGUAUUGUAUGAUAUUUUUAAUCCAGGAAGAUGUUUUAUUUCCCGAUUCCAAAAAAGUUAUAAGUAAGUAAGAUAUAUAUGAUGGCUUAAUUAUCUGACUUUAAUAUCCCUGAAAUAUUAUUUCUGAUUAAUAAAAUACUUAAAUAUCAAUUACUAGACCUUAAAGGCAAUGUAAUUUUGGUUUAUCUUUUUACGAUUACAAUAGAAUCGACUACAUUUUAUACAACGCCAUCAUUCGGCGUUGAACCCAGUUGAAAUCUAAAUCUACGAGUACAAUAUAGAAAAUCUGCAAUCUUGUUGACGCAGUGCGUGAAAGAUCUCAGAAGUUGGCCGACCCUAAAACAGUCAUUCGUAUAUUCAUUUGCUUACGUUUUCACUAUAUGCGAUUAAAAAAUGAAUUUCACCUAAAUACUUUUAAUUGAAGUGAAGGCGUAAAUUUGAACUUUAGAAAAAAUAUCAUUACGUAAAUGUUACGUGAUUCAAGAUUUUAAUUUAAUUAAUUCGUAUAAGUGAUACUAUGUCAUGCACAUUACAAUUUUGCUAAUUGGUGUCCAUUAAAUUUUGCAAUAAACAUCAUUAAUUCGUCAUUAUUGGGUUGGUCGUAAUGCAAUUUUCUAAUUCUUUGUUUUAUGUCAAAUCAAAAGUUAUAAUUCUAGGUUUCGAUUGAAUGUGUUGGUGUGAUGUUACCAAGUGGUUCGCCUUGCCUAGCAAAAGAUAAUUUAUGAUAGUGUGAUGGAAAUAGAUAAUAAUUAUUGCCAUUAUGUUGUACUUAGAAUUAAGGAUGUACAUUUACUUGUCUUAAAUUUAAGAUUUUUUAGAAAUAAAAUAAUAAUUCUCAA